GCCUGGGCCGCCGCCGGCCUUCGUGUGUCUGCGCGGUUGCCAGGAGAGCGGCGCCGGCGGGGAGCGGCCGAGGGAGGCCGCGGCAGGGAAUGAUUUUGCAUGACUUGGGAACUGGUCUCUAGUGGGACAUUGUGGGAGGAUGAACACAGAAGAGCUGGAGUUACUGAGUGACUCCAAAUAUAGAAACUAUGUAGCUGCAAUUGACAAAGCACUAAAGAACUUUGAAUACUCCAGUGAAUGGGCAGAUUUGAUAUCAGCUCUUGGAAAACUUAACAAGGUUUUACAAAAUAAUGCCAAGUACCAGGUAGUACCUAAGAAGCUAACCAUAGGUAAACGACUAGCUCAGUGUCUACAUCCAGCGCUGCCAGGAGGAGUUCAUCGGAAGGCACUUGAAACAUACGAAAUUAUCUUCAAAAUCAUUGGACCUAAGCGACUUGCCAAAGAUCUUUUUUUAUAUAGUUCUGGAUUAUUUCCUCUUCUUGCAAAUGCUGCUAUGUCUGUGAAACCAGCUCUGCUCAGUUUAUACGAGGUCUAUUACUUACCUCUGGGCAAGACACUGAAACCUGGUCUGCAGGGCUUGCUCACUGGUAUUCUUCCUGGCCUAGAAGAAGGAUCUGAGUACUACGAGAGAACAAACACAUUGCUGGAAAAGGUUGCUGCUGCAGUAGACCAGUCGGCCUUCUACAGUGCCCUCUGGGGCAGUCUUCUUACUAGCCCUGCUGUCCGCUUACCGGGAAUCACCUAUGUUCUCGCCCAUUUGAACAGGAAACUUUCUAUGGAAGAUCAGCUUUACAUAAUUGGCAGUGAUAUUGAACUCAUGGUAGAAGCAGUAAGUACUUCAGUGCAGGACUCAAGUGUACUUGUGCAGAGAAGCACACUGGACCUCAUCCUCUUCUGUUUUCCAUUCCAUAUGAGUCAGGCCACUCGACCAGAUAUGAUCAGGAUCUUGUCAGCAGCCCUUCAUGUGGUACUAAGGAGGGAUAUGUCCCUGAACCGAAGACUUUAUGCUUGGCUUCUUGGUUUUGAUAACAACGGUGCUGUCAUAGGACCCAGAAGUACAAGGCACAGUAAUCCUGAAGAACAUGCCACUUACUACUUUACUACCUUUUCCAAAGAAUUGUUGGUCCAGGCCAUGGUGGGAAUCUUACAACUGAAUGGACUUGGAAAAGAGAGUACUCUAAUGCAGGAUCUCAAACCUUUCCGUAUUUUAAUCAGUUUACUGGACAAACCUGAGCUAGGACCUGUUAUUCUGGAAGAUGUUUUGAUUGAGGUGUUUCGAACAUUAUAUUCUCAAUGCAGAGCAGAACUGGAUCUUCAAAUGGAACCUCCUUUCAGCAAGGACCAUGCUCAGUUAAGCAGUAAAUUAAGAGAAAACAAGAAGACAGCAGAACUGAUUAAAACUGCCAACCUUCUCUUUAAUUCAUUUGAACCCUAUUAUAUGUGGGAUUAUGUUGCACGUUGGUUUGAAGAAUGUUGUAGGAGGACACUGCACACCAGACUCCAGAUUGGGCCUGGAGAUAGUAAUGAGUCCUCUGAAUUACAGCUGACCAAUUUCUGCUUACUGGUGGAUUUUUUAUUGGAUAUAGUUUCUUUGCCUACUAGAAGUAUGAGGGUGCUGUGUCAGGAGACUUACAUUGAAAUCCAGACAGAACACUUGCCCCAGCUGCUUCUCAGAAUGAUUUCUGCCCUCACAAGCCAUCUCCAGACAUUGUGCUUGUCUGAGCUCACAGAUUCACUCAGGCUCUGUUCAAAGAUCCUUAGCAAGGUUCAACCUCCACUGCUAUCUGCUGGCACUGGAGGUGUGCUGCAGUUUCCAAGUGGGCAGAACAAUGCAGUCAAAGAAUGGGAAGACAAAAAGGUAUCAUCAGCUUCCCUGGAAAAUACUACUGAUGUGUUUGAAGAUGGAGAAAAUCCACCAAGUAGUCGGUCAUCAGAAAGUGGCUUCACUGAGUUUAUACAGUAUCAAGCAGACAGAACUGAUGAUCUUGACAGAGACCUGAGUGAUGGUCCAGGGACAGCCACCAUUCCCAUUGGAAGCACAUCUUCUGAGACAGAAACAGCAUCCACAGUGGGAUCUGAAGAAACUGUCAUCCAGCCCCCUUUGACCCUCUCUCAAGGAAUGGCACCUCAAAGUGGGAAGACAGCCCAAAAGACUGCAAUGCAAUGUUGCCUGGAGUAUGUCCAGCAGUUUCUUUCCCGACUCAUCAACCUUUAUAUCCUUCCGAAUGACUGUCUUUCUCAUGCUGUGGCUUCAGGCCAUCAAGGAGAUCUCAGUCGAAUGCAAGGAGAGACUUUGAAAUGGGACAGGGAAUCACAAGGAGACACAAAGGAGAGGAACAUAAAUAAACAGAAAACUCCAAGAGAAUACCUCUCUGCCUUCCUUGCUGCCUGUCAGCUCUUACUAGAAUGCUCAAGUUUCCCCGUCUACAUUGCAGAGGGAAACCAGACAUCAGAGUUACAUUCGGAGAAAUCAGAGACUGACUGUGAGCAUGUGCACCCACCUCAGUGGCUCCAGACUCUCAUGAGUGCCUGCAGCCAGGCUGGUGACUUCAGUGUUCAGAGUGUUGCCGUGUCACUAGUCAUGGACCUGGUGGGGCUGACUCAGUCUGUGGCCAUGGUCACUGGAGAAAAUAUCAACAGCAUGGAGCCUGCACAGCCUUUAAGUCCAAACCAGGGAAGAGUAGCUGUGGUUAUUAGACCCCCCCUCACCCAGGGCAAUCUGAGGUACCUAGCUGAGAAGACUGAUUUCUUCAAGCAUGUAGCUUUGACAUUGUGGGACCAGCUGGGAGAUGGGACACCUCAGCACCACCAGAAGAGUGUAGAAUUAUUUUAUCAAUUACAUAACUUGGUUCCUUCUUCAAGCAUCUGUGAGGAUGUUAUAAGUCAGCAGUUAACCCAUAAAAAUAAGAAAAUAAGGAUGGAAGCACAUGCGAAGUUUGCGGUUCUUUGGCAUCUAACAAGGGAUCUUCACAUAAAUAAGUCAUCUUUUGCACGUUCCUUUGACAGGUCACUGUUCAUCAUGUUAGAUAGCCUUAAUAGUCUCGAUGGUUCUACUAGUUCUGUGGGGCAAGCUUGGCUGAACCAAGUCCUACAAAGACAUGAUAUUGCAAGAGUUCUGGAACCAUUGCUAUUGCUUCUGCUUCACCCAAAAACCCAGAGGGUUUCAGUACAGCGUGUGCAAGCAGAACGUUACUGGAACAAGAGUCCUUGUUUUCCAGGAGAAGAAAGUGACAAGCAUUUCAUGCAGCAGUUCCCUUGCAGCAGUGUAAGCCAAGUUCAAGUCAUUGCAUCAAAAGGAAAUGGUGAAAAGCCACUUACCAUGGAUGAAAUAGAGAACUUCAGUCUCACUGUUAAUCCCUUGAGUGACAGACUGUCCCUUCUCAGCACUAGCAGCGAGACUAUCCCCAUGGUUGUGUCAGAUUUUGACCUUCCAGAUCAGCAGAUAGAAAUACUGCAGAGCUCUGACUCUGGGUGUUCACAGUCCUCUGUGGGAGACAACUUCAUCUAUGAGGUUGACCCUGAAAAUGGGAAUCCUCAUGAGGACCCCCACAUGCCAAAGGCGAGCUCUCCAGAUGCUGAUGUGCAGCAGGUGGUGUUUGACCUCAUAGGUCAAGUGGUGAGUGGCCUUGAGGCUGAAUCUGCAUCUGUUACGUCUGAGUUAGAAAUUGAAACUCUGCCUGCAAAGGGUGGGGAUUUGGAUCUAGGUAAAGAGGCGGUAAAUAAGAGCGAGGAUGAGGCUGCCCAGCGAAGCCCCAGUGCUCUGCCGAGAGAAGGAAGUCCGCACUUCCUGCCUGUGCCUGCAGAACAGAGCUGUGAAUGUGUGGUAAAUGGAAUCUCCAGGAACAGCUCCUCGCCUUGUAUUUCAGGAGCUGCACAGACUCUGCAUGACACUUCUGUGUUGUCUACAGAAACCAGAUCUAGACAGAGGAGCCACAGUAGUAUUCAGUUUAGUUUCAAAGAAAAGUUACCAGAAAAGGUCUCAGAGAAAGAAACUAUAGUUAAGGAGUCAGGUAAACAACCAGGAGCAAAACCCAAAGUAAAGCUUGCCAGAAAAAAGGACGAGGACAAGAAAAAAGCUUCAAAUGAAAAACUGAAGCAAACCAGUGUAUUCUUCAGUGAUGGCCUGGAUUUAGAGAACUGGUAUAGCUGCGGGGAAGGAGAGAUUUCUGAAAUUGAGAGUGACAUGGGUUCUCCAGGUUCACGGAAGUCUCCCAAUUUCAACAUUCAUCCUCUCUAUCAACACGUGCUUCUGUACCUCCAGCUGUAUGAUUCAUCAAGGACCCUGUACGCCUUCUCUGCCAUCAAAGCCAUCUUGAAAACUAAUCCUCUUGCUUUUGUGAAUGCCAUUUCCACCACCAGUGUGAAUAAUGCAUACACUCCCCAGUUGUCUCUGCUUCAGAAUCUGUUGGCCAGACACCGGAUCUCUGUCAUGGGCAAAGACUUUUAUAGUCACAUUCCAGUGGACUCAAAUCAUAACUUCCGCAGUUCUAUGUACAUUGAAAUUCUUAUUUCCCUUUGUUUGUAUUACAUGCGUAGCCACUACCCAGCCCAUGUUAAGGUCACCACCCAUGACUUGAUAGGUAAUCGGAACAUGCAGAUGAUGAGCAUAGAAAUUUUGACUCUCCUCUUUACUGAGCUAGCAAAAGUGAUAGAAAGCUCAGCGAAGGGUUUUCCUAGUUUUAUCUCUGAUAUGUUAUCUAAGUGCAAAGUUCAGAAAGUGAUUCUUCACUGCUUACUAUCAUCUAUAUUUAGUGCACAGAAGUGGCAUAGUGAGAAAAUGACGGGGAAGAACAUAGUUGCUGUGGAAGAAGGUUUCUCAGAGGACAGUCUCAUCAACUUCUCUGAGGAUGAAGUUGACAGUGGCAGCACACUCCAGUCGCAGCUGCUUAGGGUGCUUCAGAAACUGAUUGUUCUAGAACACCGCGUGAUGACUAUUCCUGAAGACAGUGAAACAGGUUUUGAUUUUGUUGUGCCUGAUGUGGAACACAUCAGUCCCCAUCAGCCUAUGACUUCUCUACAGUACUUGCAUGCUCAACCAAUCACAUGUCAGGGCAUGUUCCUCUGUGCAGUAAUACGAGCAUUGCAUCAGCACUGUGCUUGUAAGAUGCACCCACAGUGGAUUUGUUUGAUCACCUCGACUCUGCCUUACAUGGGGAAAGUUCUGCAGAGAGUAGUGGUUUCUGUAACACUACAGCUGUGCAGAAAUUUAGAUAAUCUAAUUCAGCAGUACAAAUAUGAAACAGGAUUAUCUGAUAGUAGGCCUCUGUGGAUGGCAUCAGUUAUUCCACCAGAUAUGAUUCUUACUCUUUUAGAAGGGAUCACGGCCAUUAUCCAUUACUGUCUGUUGGAUCCAACUACACAGUAUCAUCAACUUUUGGUCAGUGUAGACCAAAAACACUUGUUUGAAGCCCGCAGUGGAAUCCUGUCAAUCCUGCACAUGAUUAUGUCCUCAGUGACACUGCUUUGGAGUGUCCUGCACCAGGCUGAGGCUGCAGAAAAGAGGACAGCUGCCGCAUCUGCCUCUGUGACCACUAUCAACCUCGGAGCCACAAAGAACUUGAGACAACAAAUUCUGGAAUUAUUGGGUCCCAUUUCAAUGAACCAUGGUGUGCAUUUCAUGGCUGCCAUUGCAUUUGUGUGGAAUGAAAGAAAACAGAGCAAAACCACUAGCCGAAACAAGGUCAUCCCUGCAGCCAGUGAGGAGCAGCUUGUCCUCGUGGAGCUAGUUCGCUCCAUCAGUGUCAUGCGGGCUGAGACUGUCAUCCUGACUGUGAAGGAAGUGUUAAAGCAGCCUCCAGCCAUAGCCAAGGACAAGAAACAUCUUUCUUUGGAAGUCUGCAUGCUUCAGUUUUUCUAUGCCUAUAUUCAAAGAAUUCCAGUGCCCAAUUUAGUGGAUAGCUGGACAUCCUUGUUGAUACUUCUGAAAGACUCAAUACAACUUAGUCUUCCAGCCCCAGGGCAGUUUCUUAUACUUGGGGUUCUGAAUGAGUUUAUUAUGAAAAAUCCUACUUUGGAAAAUAAAAAAGACCAAAGAGACCUUCAGGAUGUGACUCAUAAGAUAGUGGAUGCAAUUGGUGCCAUUGCUGGUUCUUCUCUGGAGCAAACAACAUGGCUGCGACGAAAUCUGGAAGUUAAGCCUUCUCCCAAGAUCAUGGUGGAUGGGAACAACUUGGAAUCUGAUGUUGAAGAUAUGUUAUCACCUGCAAUGGAAACCUCCAACAUAACUCCCUCUGUGUACAGUGUCCAUGCACUGACCUUGCUUUCUGAGGUUUUAGCACAUCUUUUGGAUAUGGUUUUCUACAGUGAUGAAAAGGAACGUGUUAUUCCUCUUCUUAUAAACAUUAUGCAUUAUGUCGUACCCUACCUCCGAAAUCACAGUGCACAUAAUGCCCCCAGUUAUCGAGCCUGUGUCCAGCUGCUGAGCAGUCUCAGUGGCUAUCAGUACACACGGAGAGCAUGGAAAAAAGAAGCCUUUGACCUUUUCAUGGAUCCCACUUUCUUUCAGAUGGAUGCCACUUGUGUCAACCACUGGAGAGCAAUCAUGGACAAUCUGAUGACACAUGAUAAGACAACAUUUAGAGAUCUGAUGACUCGAGUAGCUGUGGCCCAAAGCAGUUCACUUAAUCUUUUUGCAAACCGGGAUGUGGAGCUAGAACAAAGAGCUAUGCUUCUCAAAAGAUUGGCCUUUGCUAUUUUUAGCAGUGAAGUCGACCAGUACCAGAAGUACCUUCCAGAUAUACAAGAGAGACUGGUUGAGAGUCUCCGCUUGCCCCAGGUGCCCACGCUUCACUCACAAGUGUUCCUGUUCUUCCGAGUCCUGCUUUUAAGAAUGUCUCCACAGCAUCUCACCUCACUGUGGCCCACCAUGAUCACAGAGCUUGUCCAGGUAUUCUUAUUGAUGGAGCAGGAACUCACUGCUGAUGAAGAUAUUUCACGGACUUCAGGCCCCUCUGUGGCUGGUCUAGAGACAACCUACACUGGAGGUAAUGGCUUCUCCACUUCAUAUAACAGCCAGAGGUGGUUAAACCUCUAUCUCUCUGCUUGCAAAUUUUUGGAUUUGGCUCUGGCAUUGCCCUCUGAAAAUCUUCCUCAAUUUCAGAUGUAUCGAUGGGCCUUUAUUCCAGAAGCCUCCGAUGAUUCAGGAUUGGAAGUAAGAAGGCAGGGGAUACAUCAACGAGAAUUUAAGCCUUAUGUGGUACGACUAGCAAAACUUCUUCGAAAAAGGGCAAAGAAAAACCCAGAGGAAGACAGCUCAGGGAGAACACUGGGUUGGGAGCCAGGGCACUUACUGCUUACCAUCUGCACUGUGCGCAGCAUGGAACAGCUUCUGCCAUUCUUCAAUGUCCUCAGCCAAGUCUUCAACAGCAAAGUCACAAGCCGGUGUGGAGGAUACUCAGGGAGCCCCAUCCUCUACUCAAACACCUUCCCCAGCAAGGACAUGAAACUAGAAAACCACAAACCAUUCUCCAGCAAAGCCAGGCAAAAAAUAGAAGAGAUGGUAGAAAAGGAUUUUCUGGAAGGGGUGAUAAAAACUUGACCACCACCAUGGUUCCAUUCAGCCUAAAUGUAAAUGUAACAAACACUAUUCGGAGUUGUACAGAUGCUUUUUCUUUCCUUCGUCUCCUUUUGUAUGUACCAAAACACUCUUCAGGUUGUAUUUAAUUUAAAUAUUUGUAAAUAAGAGCUAAUGUCUGAAUGUGGCUUGAAUUAAGUUAAUUGUUGGCUCACACUGAUGAUGGUGCCUAUGAGAGCUCUAUAUGUGCAGAGAGUCCAUUGUUCCAUUGUCCCGAGUUGUCUUAAACUUCAAAAAUACAUGUGUUUUUUUUUU